AUGUUUAACUUUCUCUUUCUUUUUCGAUUCUAGACGCUUCGACAAGGCUGAGACGAGAGCCUAAAACGAGAGGCGCUUAGCAUUGCACCAAUCUUCCCAGUUUCGCACACAUUAAGCGAGUAUACGACUCUGAAUGGGGAAUAUGAAGUAAAGCGCAGUUUAACCUACUGUGAAAGUUUGGUUGUAAGCCGCUAAUUUUCUAGUUACGCCCAACCUUUGACGGUUUAGCAGUAAGCUAGCUGUGCUAGCUUCACUUCCUGGUUGCACAACAGUACCCUUGAAAGCUGAGACCAGGUUUCAGUCGAGCUGGAGAAAAAAAAAAUAGAUAGCUACAGAAAGUAUGUUUCCUUGAGCGAAGUGGUAUGGUGUAAAGCUUUGCUUUCUCACCGUGGAACCAAAAUAACUGUAUGUUUCGGUGAAGAUCAAUGAAGCAAUGAAACGAAUAUUUAAGUGAUCUUAUACCAAGAGAACGCAGAAACGCCAGCCAAUGCCUCGCCUUCAUGGAGAAUGACACUACUAUAUCGAAAGAAGGUCUUCUUGAGCCGGUGCUUCCAGGCUCAGUAACCUUUGAAAGCAGUAUUCUAGCACCUCUUCGUAACAGUUAUUUGUACGAGGAGUCCAAAGAGUCUUUUACCUACAAUUCAGCACAGUUGAUCAAUAAUGCAGCUCUGCAAAAAAGAUAUUCUGCCUUUCGGGCUGAAAAACGUGAACUUGGGUACCCUGAAGAGGAACUUGAGGAAUCGUUUGGCUUCUUGUUGCUUGAUGACAAAUCCAGGGCAAAUAGACUUGCGGAAACAGGCCUAAUUGUUGGGAAAAGGACGUGCACCACUCUGGGAGAUUGUUCAAAGGGGGUAUAUAUUUCAAAGUACUCUGACUGCCUUGACCUAAAGCGCUGGUAUGAUGGCAAGACUGGCUACAUAGUUCUGUUAAAGCUGACAAAGGGUCGAGUGAAGGAAGUGACAGAAAAUUACACACAGAACUUCACACCUCCAACUGCCGGGUUUGACUGCCAUGUGUCAGAGCAGCUUCAAGCAGUGUGUGCAACUACCAGCUCUUUUCUUGCUUUUGAAAGGACUCAGUAUUAUUUGUAUGAGCUGGUGGAUGGAGUGGAAAAGGUUGAGCCAUGCCCAAGGCAUGUGUGCCCAUUCGCCAUUGUGGCUUUCUCCUAUGGAAAAACUAGCAUUGCUGUAGAAUUGAAAGAGAAAAGCCCAGAAAAAUCAUCAUUUCAUUACCAACCUUGGAGUGGCCAGCUACAGAUCAAGUCUUCUGUCUUCAACAUUGGGUUGAAGUCCAGCCAUGGAGCCAUGUUCCCAGCAAAUCUUCCAAAAACAGUUAAAGCUGACCAUGCCAUUGAAGUCUCAAAACUGAGGAAGACAUUACCCCAAGUGGUUUUUGAAACUUCUCCCUUUAGUGAAGUUUCAUUAGAUGGCAAAUGGUUUAGUAUGUAUGAUGUCAUCUCCUUUGAAGCAAGAAAUGACCUAGCUUCCUUAACUCAAGAGUUGAAGGAGAAGGACCUGGCCCUUGUUAUAUGUUUGGAAGAUGGUGGUUUUCUUGUACUUUUACAUUCAUCCAACUUCCUCUCAUAUGAAGGUGCAGGCACAGAUAAAGCGUUUGCUCUUCAAGGAAUGUUUAUUUAUCCUGACUCCAGAACUGUGCCAAGAGAGACCAAAACUGGAUGCAACAAGACAAAAAUUUCAUCGGAGGUUCUUCAAGUUCUGCCUGCCCUGAAUUAUGCUGAAUUAGAAAUGGAGAAGUGUCCUCCAAAGCAGGAUGAGGAGCCCCUUGGCAUAAUGGAGAAACAUUUGCAAAACUUUGCUGCUCUUAUCUUUCCAGGGUUAACUAGCAGCCCUAGUAGGGAAGCUAGUAUGUUUCCUGAUCAGUAUGAUGUACCUGAUGGUUUUCCUCUGAUUUCCCCAAAGUGGACAGAACAGACUGGGAAUCGCCUCAGGACAUAUUUAAAAAGUCCAUCCAGUUUUCAUAUUCCAUUGGCGAGGGCAAUGGAACUCCUUGCUCCUGGAAAACAGCAGCGCAGUGAUGAUCAUGACGAUGAUGUCUAUUACUAUAUCUCAUCACCUGAGGCCCCUCAGACUCCUGCUGACAUGGUUAUGGAAAGAGAUUUGCCUAAUGAAACUGAUCCUUUAACUUGUAGGAAUGUUUCUGAGGACGAAAAAAAGACAGCGGAGCAACAAGCUAAAACAGAACAGACUGUAGCUGCUGAACAAAGUGUUUUGAAAGAGGAAGUCAACACACCUGGUGCUGUAGUGGUUUCAGCGCCUGAUAAUUCAGCGGAAAGGACAGAUCCUUCACCCACAUCAGGUGACCUCUCCAAAGAACACUAUACUCAGAACAUUCAAGCAGUUGACACUGCUCAGGACAGUGAGAAAACAUCUGAGUGUGCCUCAGCCAAUGACAAAUGCAGUGGAGAGGAGGUUUCCGGGGCACCUUCGAAAGAAACCGUUCAGACCAACAGCGUGGCUUUAUCUUCCACUGAAAUUGCUGAUGAUGCCUCAACUCUGGCAUCUAAUGCUGAGAUAGAGGUUGAUCAUUCAGACAAAGUAAACUGUGUAUCAGAUAUGCUCCCUAAAGUUGGAGGUCAGAUACCUGUUGCAGAAAAACUACAGGAAGCUGACCUUCCAAAAUCCAUUUCACCUCCUACUACAUCAGUAAACCGGACUGAAGCAUUAAUUAAAGGCUGUGAAGAUAUACAGCCAGAGACAAGUAGUAAUGUUCCUGCCAAAUCCAAACCAGGCCGGCGUGGAAAAAGGAGAAGAAGGAAAGCUUUAAAAUGGAAUACUAAUACAGUCAGUCAAAUUACAUCCCCACUUCAGAACACUACUUUAUCUUCAUGCCCUUCAACAGAAGCUACUCCUGACCAGAGUAGUAGCAGUGAUGCAAUACAUUCCUCACCUAGCACACUGAAAAAAGAUUGGCGUUCUCUCCCAAGGCGCAAAAGGCACUGGAAUACUGAUACUAGUACGAAGCGGACGUUGAGGUCAGAUUUUAAAAACACUGAAACGCCAUGUAGUAAAAAUGAUGAGACUGAGAAAAAUACCCCCGUUACAGAACUUACUGUUACGAGAAGCAUGCCCGGUACACCAAAACGAAAAAUGGAAGGUAUUACAAUGAGGGAACGAUAUGGCCUUAAGACAAUAAUCACAGAUUGUGGCUUUGUCUUUGUCCCCCAUGGGUCAGAAGUUGCUCCUGGAGACAUAAAGUCAAACGAAAAUCAGCAAGCCCCAGAAACCUCCUCCAUUACAGCAAACAGUCCUAUAGGGGAGAAGCCAACACAUGAUAAACCUCAGCCAUCAGAAAUAGAAAAUUCAGCUCAGCAUAUGCCCCAAAAACACAUACCAAACCUUUCUGCGAAUCCAGCUAAAGCACUAUCCUCGGGUGAGAUUACUGAGAAAGAUUCUGUAUCUCCUAAAAACUCUGAGCAAUCAUCUGUCCUCGACUCUACUGAAAAAAAUAAAAGCACAAACAAAGCUCAUGUGUACAGGGCAAUAUCCAUAAGUAAACUAAAGACAGUGCUCAAAAGAGCAAGAAGGACUAAAUCUCCUAGUGUACAGGAUCAUGGGAAAUCAGUAUCAGAUAAUACAGAGCCUAAACUGAAACGAGGCAAACCAAACAAUGUGGAGUUGUCAGACAAUGGCAAACAAGGAAACACAUUACAGAGUAAUCCUGAUUCCCCUGGCAGCCAAGUGCCAGUGGAAAAUGCACCGUCUAAACCACCCCUCAGGACCACGUCGUCUCGGGAAAAGCGUAGCACAAAGAUCCCAACAGAAAACGGUUGCAACAAUUUUGACAUUAUUUCCACUAAGGAAAUAGUUAAACAAGUCGACCGACAGCUCACGUCUGAGCAAGUAGAGAAUAGGGUAGGAGGAAAGCGCAUUAGUUCUGAUGGCCAUGGCAAUAAAGAGGAUGUUGCUGUUGGUGUCCCUGCACCUUCAGAUGCUCUUAAUCUUCUGGCUGAUUUGGCACUCAGUGUAAAUAGCGAGAAAAUGCUGAGUAAACUGGAAGGAAAACAACUUGGAGCCAAGACCAGUAGCUCGCCACAAACAGUCAUUCAUCUGUUGCGAUCCCCCAGAUUAAAAGUACCUGCUAAAUCUCCUUUUCCAGAGGGUCUUGUUGUGACUGGAGAUUUGAUAUUAGAGAUAUCAAAAGAGCAUUCUUACUCACAGCCCACCUCUCUGCUGUCAGAUUUGGCAGGCAUAUGCCCCCAGGUCCAACCUAAAGUUGGAUGCGUUGAGUCUCGUUUGUCCUUCAGAUCUGACCUUCUGCUCAAGCUACCUGAUCUCACUAAUUAUCCAGGCUUCCAUAAUAAAGAAGGUAAAAAUGGAUGGAAAUUCCUGCCACCUUUGAAUGAAUCAGCCCCAGCUGCUGAUAAGGCCAAAGUAUGGAGUUCCCUGUUUCUUCGCUGUAGGACCAUCGUUGAAAAGGAGGGCUCUAUUAAAGUGACCAGGCAUUGGAAGGAAAAUUAUGAUUUCAAAUUUGACAGCAAGUUCACAAACGACAAGCUAGACAAGUGUGUGACAAGAGCCCUGCAUGGCAAAUGGGAUUUUAGCACUGAGGACAGUUAUGAGCAGGUGCAUCUCAUCUUCCAUAUGUGGAUAGGCCUCUUUUACAGUAAACCCACUUCCAGAUUCUUUCACUUUGACCAAAUUUGCCCAUCAGUGGAAAAGAAAAAUCCUGAAAAGGCAUCACAGUGUGCUGUCCAGACCCCCACAACACUGCCUGAUGUUGAUUCGACCUCAAAGGAGGACAAUUCUACUUCUUUAGAUCCUGUAGCAGAUGCUCUUGACCUUUCAGUGAAAGUACCUGGGACUGAGGAUCACCUUACCACUGGAGAGAAUCCAGCACCUACAUCUGGUAUACAAUCAAGACUGGAAGACAUGAAAGAGAAUAAAAUGCCAGCUAUUAGACACAGUUUAGACCAUUUACUCAGCAUUCCAAUGAAUUACAGAUCCACUGUGGAGGCCUCGGACGAAAAUCCCACACCUGAUCAUAAAGAAGGCAGCGACCUAGAGGACGAUACGACCGAUGUCCUUGAAAGCACUUGCACAAAACUCUUGGAGAGCAAUAGUGCAUACAGUCAGUUGUGUGGCCUUGCAUCAAGCAUGAGAAUCGAUGAACAGAAAUUGUUGAAUGUGCAAAAGAAUGAACCUGUUGGCAAGGACCUGUCCACAUCAAAGACCAUGAAUCAGGGCACUGAGACAAAAACCGUGUCGGUAUUCCACCAGGUUGUUGGGCCUGCCAGGCCUUUGAUGCUUUCUAAAAUGCCUGACGCCUUACUUGGAAGAAAAAUCAUACUAAAGUCAUUGAGCUUUAAGGACAAGUACAGAGAUGAAGCACCUAUAUCAGUGCACACUGAGAGUGUAUCCAAAGAUGAGCAGCAUGAAGCACAAGUUAAUGAGGAAAAACAUGAAAGUACGUCGGUGCGUGUGCAUCCUAAAGAAGCACCUGUGUCUGUAAGCGAUGACGCAUCUACUAAUGAACCUGAUGUGACUAAGUCACAGGAGGUGGGUAAACAUGAGAGAGUUGAGACAAGUUCACAUGAUGCCAGAAAUGACACACAUGACGAGGUACAUGUUAAUGAUGAGACAGACAAGGUUCCAACAGUGCCUGAUAUUGGCAAUAUCACGUCAGUGUCUGAUGAAGAAAAUGCUCCUCAUGGUGAAUGUAAUGAGGAUGAUAAAGCCUCAGAUGAAGUUAAUUCUUUGGUUAACAUCAGAGAUACAGCUGUUGAUGUACUGGCUGAAGCCAAAGAUAAGUUUGGUGUCAUAGAUGACAUACCUGUAGUUGUACAGGAUGUGAAUAACGCAAACAAGGAAGCCAGUCUUGAGCUUGAUGUCAGAGCCGAUACACUGGCAGAUGUACAGGAUGCAAAUAACUUGAACAAGGAAGCCAAAUCUGGGCUUGAUGUCAGAGACGACAAACCUGCAAACAUACAGGAUGUAAAUGAAAGAACAAAGGAUGAGGAUGAAACCAAAUGCCAGCCUGAUGUCAAAGACUACAGCUCUAUGGAUAGACAGCAUGAUCUUGAUUUGACAGAAGGCAUGGCAGGCCAUAAAGAGAUCUGUGCCAUAGAGGAACAUUUGUCUGGGAAAGAUGAGAGUAAUAUAGAUGAAGUAACUAAUGAAAGUGAAAGAAAAGUAGAAGCAGAGCCCAUUAUUGAAUCCAGCUCAGUGGAGAAAAGCACUUUUGAUGACUCUCAAGAUUGUACAGGUUGUGUAGAUAUGGAUAUCAGUGAUGUGGAUUCAGAGGAUGAAAAUCAAGAAAAGGUGCAUGAAGCAAAUGUCUCUGGUGGUGAAAUUCUUCCUAAUGCAUUUGAGGAAGACAGUGUGAAGCUGCAAGAGGGUAAAAUAAAAAUUGAAGCAGAUGUGGCAAGCAAUUGUAAAGAGCACACUAGAGAGGGUGCUGAGCCAGAAAUAUCUGAGUAUUCAACUGCAGGUCAUGCGAGCUCAACAUCCCAUCAGUUAAUUACUUUAAUGGAAGGCCAUAGUUCAUCUGCUGUUGAUGGCUCUUGCAUCCCAAUACAAAAUGAUGGCGAAAGUGAAACGCUUCAUGAUGCCUGUGUGGUUCAACAUGAGAUCCCUGAGGUCAGUCAGGACAAACCCACAAACAUCUAUGAUGGGUUCUCCUAUGAAUUAAAAGACUCUAGUACAAGCAAAGAAGCUACUGAUUUAGCAAUUUCCAAUGCCAGUGAUGGGUCCGGUAAAGACCCUAGAAUGCUAGAAAUGGGCACUGACCAGAAAUCUCUUGUCCCCACAAUUUAUAUGGGGUCUACUGCUAAAAGCUUUAAGACACACAAGAAUUUUGACAGCUCGGAUGUAUCUCCACCAACUCUGCAAAUAGAUACUGAGGCUGAGAUGAACAGCAGAUGCUGUACCCCUACUCUGGAUGAACCAGCAUACAACCAAUGGUCUGAUGAGGUUUCAAAUAUUCAGGAAGGAAAUUUACAGGACAUUUCUGAAACUGAGCACUACUGUGUAAAGAAGUCUACCAAUGCAUGGCUGGCACUUGAAAGUUCUGAGGAUUCACAUUCUGAAUUAGAGAAGUCUCCAGUUCACAAAGAACAAGCGAUUAUUCUGGAUUCUUGUUGGUUCUAUACUAAGCACAAUGCCACAGUCAACAAGAGUGAUGAGGGUAGAACAUUUUUAACUGAUGACUAUGUGCCAGAGGAUAAUGUGGUUUAUUUUGACUAUGAAGAGAUUCCCACAGCUAGAAAAACUAAAGACACUGAGCCUCAACAAGACCAGUUUGGUAGUUUUUCUGAGCAAUAUGAAGAUGGUUCCUAUGAAGAGCUUCCUUCAUCAUGGACACACAGUGCAAGCUUCAAAACCGAAAAACAAAAUGAAUGGUAUGCACCUGAAGAGGAUACACAUUACACAAACAGCAUUUCCAUCCACAGAGAAGUUGCAUAUAGGCGAAGAGAGAGUACAGAGAGUAACACAGACACUCCUGGUUGGGUACAAAGAACUCAUUAUUCAGAAUCCGUUCUCAAUGUGGAGCAGUCAAAUGAAAGAGUUCUUUCUUUCAGACAUCGAGCAGGUUUAUCUGAAUCAAAUGAGGAGUCAGAGAGUCAGGGAUCAGAGCCUUUGCAUUACAGUAAAAAGAAACAUAAGAGAAAGUUAAGUCAAAAAGACUGGGGUGAAGAAGACUUUAAUGCAACUGUAGACUUCAGCAUACAAAAGACCUUUUCAUGUACUUCAGAUCAAUCAAGCAUUUCAAGGACACGAACAUCAAGCCCAUAUCAGCGGAAAGGAGAAGGCAAGCAGUCCUUUGACUGGCGCAGGUAUUUCAGGAGAGAUGGAAUAUUUGAGUCAGAUGAAGACAGUAGUGGCCCAUUUCAUGAUCCGCCUUCUUCUAUCAUCACUAUGUUUGACAAGAAAGGGAACAGAGUAAUAUUUGAAAGUCCUUCCACUGAAAAGCGAUUAUCAGGCAUCCAUGAUGAGAGUCAGAGUGUGGAAGAGCAGCAAUCAAAAUCUGUCACCCAGUCUUUAAUGGAACUUGAGUAUCUUAUCUUUUCAGAGAAGAUGACUCAUUUGCUUAAAAACUUAAAGACUACCUCCAGAGUGAAACCACAACACAGGCUAAAUAUCGCCCCCGUUGAAAACCCUAUGACCAUUCAAUUUUCAAGACUUGAUGAGCAGAACAGUUUUUCUGCACUUGAUCAGACCUGGCCAACCUUUUCUAAGUUUAAGAUAAACGUGGACAUGUCUGAAAGGAAAGCCUUGAAAAAAAACCCAAAUUACAGUAAGCCCUUGCAUCUCCAAAGCCUUUUCUGUGAAAGAGGCACUGAAGCAACUUGCUCCAAGUUAUCAGACAUAACAAAAGAGUGUUCAAAGUCAUACCACACCAUGAUGAAUGACAUUUGCAUUGGCAAGAUUGUCCCUCAUCAGAGUGAAGAAUUGAAAAUGAAAUUAGAUUCUGAGCGUGUUACAGCGAGCAAGCAGCCUGGAUUCUGUGGUCGCAUCAAAAAAGACAUGUUUGAUCAUCUGCAUGAUAAUUUGAACUCUAUUGUGAGGCAAGCAUGCAAGACCAAGUACAAGUUCUACAUCUUGGUUACAUCAGCGGACCCCUUUUUUGAGGAAACCAAGGAUCUGUUAGAAGCUGAGGGCCACACCACUGUUGAGCCCUAUGAGUUUGAAUUUGAUGCUAAUGGGCAAACCCCUCUACUUAUUAUACUGAGAAAUGAGGAUAUUGCAGAACACAUAUUUGAGGUUCCUCAUUUGCUUGAGUUAAAGAAGUCAUCCAGAGUUCUGUUUGUGGGCAUCGAUCGGCCUGACGAUGUUGUAAACCUCACACACCAAGAGCUUUUUGCAAAGGGAGGAUUUGUGGUUUUUGAUGAAACUGCACUGGACACGCUGGGAUUAGAAAACAUGAAAAAGUUUGUGGGCAUUAUGGAAGAACUAGACAAAAAAGGGAAGUGGAAAUGGUUUCUGCACUACAGAGACAGCCGCAAGCUUCGGGAAAAUGCAAGGUGCAGUCUUGAAGCCCAAAGGAGGAAGCAGUUCAUUGACUGCUGCCAGGAAGCGGGAAUAGUGGAGGUCUUACCUUAUCAUGAAUGUGACGUCAUUUCACGGGACAAGCCAGACUUCCUUCGCUGUCUAGUUCGUCUCCAGAUCCAAAACAUCUCUGCCCGGUUCCCUGUUUUCAUUACAGACACACCGGAUGAGACUUUUGAGAAGAAUGGGAUUUUAACCAUGAAUAUUUACACCUUCUCACGAAUUCUUUCAAAUGACACAUGCUCAGUUUCAUAAACUGGUCGCUAAAAUGGUGUCUUAUCACACCGAAAACCCCCCCUACACAUUUCCUUUUGUACAAAUUGAAUUCUUAAUAAUCUGUUAUUUAGUGCUCGUUUACUUCCUAUGUGUAAAUUGUACAUGUUCUUGCUCAGCCUGUUACUAUUUAUAUUGUAACCCCAAUUCAAGCUUUCAGUUGAAGGCUUUAUGUAUAAAGUUUGAUAUGUAUUAAUUUUAAAUACUGUAUAAAAAAAAAAUAUCAGUGAUAUUUUAGUGGAUACCAGUUUUGAUAUGGUUUUUUUUUUUUAAAUCAUAUUGACCAGUUUUAAUAAAAUAGUU